AUGGACAGGACCAAGCUCGAAGCGUACACUCUGGAGCAACUGAAAGAAGAGGCGAAUAGAUACGGGCUGGCCACUACAGGCGAUAAAAGCACGAUAAUAGCGAAUAUAAUGAAGCACCUGGAGAAACAAGGACCUCAGGAUCUACAGGAUGAGGCGGCCAGAGCAGCGGCGGCCAACAGGCAAAGAAAACCUUCGGCAGGCUCCGCGGAGCAAGUAUCAGCGCCCCUGCUACGCCAAGUCCUAGCAUCCAUAGACGGGAUGCUCGAGCAGCAAAGACUGGCUGAUCAGCUGCAGCAGCAGCAAUUUGAGAGACUGCUGACGGCUAUGAGCAACGGGAGCAGAGUCCCGGUAGGAAGCCUCGACCCGCCAGAAGCCGGACAGCAGACAUCAAGGUCUACCGUAGAGAGCAACCCGCCGCUGGCUCGAGUUUCCGGAGAGGCCCCGCCAGUAGGAAGCCUGGUGAACUGCCUGGCGUCGCAGAUCCCCGAGUUCGCUGGCGAGGAGGACGAUAACGUCCAGGCGUGGACGAAGCGAGUCGACAAGGUCGCCCAAGUUCACGGGGCAACGGACGGGGUGACCUUAUUAGCAGCCUCCAGUAGGCUGACGAAAUCCGCGCGCAGGUGGUACGAGAUCCAGACGGGUCUCGCCAUGGAGUCCUGGAUCGGCCUGCGCCUGGAAAUCACGAAAAUUUUUGAGCGUAAGAUUCCCUUUUACAGAUCGAUGCAGAAGAUAGAGGCUCGCAAGUGGCAAUCGCAGAAGGAGACGUUUGACCGGUACGCGAUCGAGAAGUUGGCCAUGAUCCAAGCGCUGAACUUACCGGAGCAAGAUACAGUACAAUUGCUGAUCGGAGGCAUCACGCAGAGCGCGAUCAAGGCGACGGCCCUAUCCAUCGCGACCGAGCCGUUAAACAGUUUCCUGGAACGCAUGAGGAGCAUAGCGGAAGGUGUGGUGGACACCGACCGAAAGACGGCUCCGUCAGGAACGAACGGGAAGGCAAAGGACGUACCGUGCAGGAACUGCGGGACGAAGGGCCACGCCGCAAGGGACUGCAAGGUCGAGCCCAGUUGUUUUUAUUGUAAGAAGAAAGGGCACAGGAGGUUCGAGUGCCCGGUCCUCAAACGCAAAGACGAGAAGCCAGGGACUUCGACCUCAACGACCAAGGCAGCGGCGAGCGUGUCGCAGGAGCCGGAGCCGGCCGCAGAGGUGGUGGCAUCGGUGGAUCGCCCCGAGUGCAACCUGGAAAUCAACGACCCGUUAGUACCAAUAGACAGCAUAAACGGUGAGCGUUGCAAAUUAUUAGCUCUCAUUGAUACUGGAAGUCCAGUUUCGUUCGCGAAAUUUAGCGUAUAUGAAAAAUAUGUGAAACCGCGUGAAAUAAAAUUAUCGCCGGUAAAAACGAAAUUACGAAAUUUAAGCGAUCACGUGUUAGAAGUAAUAGGUAUCGUGAAGGUCGAAGUAAGUUUACCGCAACUGCCAAAUAUUUCGCUGAGUGUAGAUUUACAUAUCCUAAAGGAAAACGUAUUCGAAGGCGAUAUUAUUCUCGGCAGAGAGUUUAUGCGGAAACAAAAACUUACUUUGAUCUUCAGACCAAUAACCCAAGGUGAGGAGGAAAGCGUUCAGCUAUUUGCCCAGCUGCCUUUGUGUGUCGAAGCGGACGGUCACAUUCCGCUAGAAGACAUGAUCGAAAAUACAAUAACGGACUUGGACGCGAAAGAUAAACGAAAAUUGAAAGAUAUAAUAGCAGAAGUUAAACAAACUAAAAGCAUAGCGGUAGAGGACGAUUACUCGGUACAGGUACGGUUGAAGGAUGACUCAACGUAUUCCUUCUCCCCUAGAAGAUUCGCGUAUGCGGAACGCCUCCAGAUUAGAGGUAUCGUCGACGACCUCUUAGCUCGCGGAAUUGUACAGCCGAGCACCUCUCCGUAUUGCGCCAGGGUAGUGCCUGUGAGAAAAAGAAACGGGCAAAUUAGGUUGUGCGUGGACCUACGACCACUGAACUCGCGUGUCGAAAGACAAAAGUACCCGUUUCCGGUCAUUGAAGAGUGCCUGACUCGAUUAAAUGGUAAAAAGAUUUAUACGUUGCUAGAUUUAAAAGAUAGCUUCCACCAAAUAAAAGUGGAGAAAAACUCGACGAAGUACUUUGCCUUUGCGACGCCGGACGGGCAGUACGAAUACACACGAUUACCUUUUGGCUUUUGUGAAUCUCCCGCGGAAUUUCAGAAGCGCUUAAUACAGAUUCUCAGCCCGUUGAUCCGCGACGAUAAAGUCCUGAUCUAUAUGGAUGACGUACUUAUAGCGUCACCCACAGUCGAUCAAAAUCUGACCGAUCUUAAAGAAGUUUU